CCGCAGCCAAGAAGAUGAGAAGAAAGCCCUAUUACGGACGAGUUUGAUCGAAGGAAAGGAGAUUAAGGGGGACGUGCGACGGAGGCGAUUCGGUGACAACGCCUGAACGGUGAGAGCUAAUCUUGAAGCAAUCGUGCUAUUGGACCGAUUCCCCUAAUCUGCUUAAAUGGAUCUGGAGACUGAAAACCGGCUAGCUGCUCUUCUUAUGAGAGAAGCAGCUGAGUUGCGACGACAGGCUGAAAAGGAAGGUGUUCUUGCAUAUCUUCAACAGCCUAAUAAACGUCAUCGGCCAAAUUCACGCUUCCUCACAGCCACUGUACUUGGGGUACAACAAGCAAAUCGGGCUGUAGAAGUAAAUGAAAUGUGGCGAGUGCGGCAGAAAGAAUUAGAUCUUGAUAAAAGGCGUGAAGGUACAUCUAGAGAUCAAAACUCUGGCGACAGAAGCCGGAGGGAUGGUAGCUCAUCAAGAAGCACUGGAAGGUUUGCCAUGGAUGAUAAUAAUGCUACUCCCUCUGCUUCAUGCUCUAGUAAAGGAGAAACUGACCAUUGCCCAGAAGGUUUAAGGGAUGAAGAGCUUGAGAUGUUUCUAAACUCUAGGACCAAGCGAGGCAGAGGAGCCAUUGGUCCGAGGAUGGACGAGACUGGUCCUUACCUUCCACGCCACUCUGGUGAGGAGCCAAAUACAAGUUCUGACGUAAGCAACCGCCGUGUAUAUGGUCCAGAAAGGCCUGCAUCUCUGAAGUCAUAUGAAUCUUCUGAAGAGGAGGAGGUCCAUGUCAAAAGAGGGAAAAGGGCUAAAAAAUCUCACUCAGGGAGCUCAGACAAGGAGCAUUCUAAGAAGCACAGAUCCAAAGAGAACUCGAAACAUAAGAAAAAGAAGAGGAAGGAAAAAGGAAGCAAGCAUGGCCUCUGAGAUGUAUUCUGAUAUUUGGUAAUUUACAAGAAAGUAUUGCAACUUGCACGUUAUGUGUGCCAAACUGUCAAAUUUCGAUUACACGCAUGCCUGACUGCUUGCUAGAUAUUUUCUGUAACAUCAAAUGCCAUAUAUUUACAGCUAGUGACCUACCCUCUAACCUUGAGUGUCAAUAAAUUGAGUCAUCUCUGAAAAUUCUGGAUAUUCAAA